AGUGCCCAGACUAUGCAUGCGUAUGAGUUUGGCACUACCGCAGCAUAAAAAGCCAACUGAGCCAGAGACGGUUGGUUAGCUAGCUCAAUAGCAGAGUUUGCUUAUCAGGAACCAUGCCUGUUUUUGGCUAUGCUCUUGCUUUCAUUUUUUUGGCUACUGCUAUUCAUCUGGUGGAUGCUAAUUAUUAUGAUUUACGUUGCUACUACAGCUACCCUCGCACUGCACGUGAGGAUGCAGGGAUGAGGCAUAGCAUAAACAUCUAUUCCAGAGCCAACAUUACCAGAGAAGCAUUUAUUUACUUGGAAUAUUCCGAUUAUCCUUGGUAUGCUAUUCCUGGAGAGGACUUCGAGUUUCAAAAUAUUACUCCAUCAUCACGUUUCUUUAACUUCACCAUAUCUCCUGGAGUCUCAAAGAGAUUUGAUUGACUAUCAUCAAUGAUAGCCUUGCAGAUUACUAUAGAGAGGUAAUUAGGCUUAUCGUCGGGAUUUAUGUUCCUGGUGGAAGAAAUCACUGCUGCAAUGUCUAUUUUUACAUUGAGGAUGAUGAUGGUUUGCGAUUUGAUGUCACUCGCACAAGAUAUGGAGAAACCUCAGGGGACUGCAGAACUGUGUGUGACCUAUAACGGAGGGGAAAAUGUACCAACAAAUAUUGAUGCUUCAUUUGUUGAAAACAACUAUGGUGAUGCCAUCAUUUUCAAUACCAGAAAUUUCUCAAUGGCUACUGGUGACAAGAAAUGUUUCAAUUUAACCAUAGUUGAUGAUGACCAACUUGAGCCAACAACUGAGUCAUAUUACUUUGCUUUUGAUGCACUCAACAGUUCCAUCAGAAAUAAUCUCUUCUUUGGUCCUAUUAAUAUCUACAUACGAGAUAAUGAAGUGUUCUCAUUUGCUCUGGAGAGGCCAUCCUACUCAGUGCUGGAGAGUGAGGGAGUAGUGACGGUCUGUGUGAUUGUUACUGAUGCAAAUGUCUCUGAAGUGUUCACAACCAUUCUCUACACCAGAAAUAUCACCACCCAAGACAAGGUUGAUCAUGAAUCACUACGUCAGGAACUUAGUCUCUCAGCCAAUCUGAGCAGGCAGUGUUUAAACGUUACCAUCAAUGAUGAUGAUGUGGCAGAGGACGAUGAAAUAUUUUGGAUAUCUCUCUCUCUGAUAAGAAAUGCUGCUGGAAGAUAUGUGCGCUACCCCUAUAGAAGUAGAGCUACAAUUAUCAUACUAGAUGAUGACUUGAACUGUACUUCCGGCUGUGUGAAUGGAGUAUGUCGAUAUCCUGGAGUCUGCCAGUGUUUUGAAGGAUGGAUUGAUGAAGACUGUUCAAGAGAGAAUUUGUCAGCCACCUUGUGUCAUGGAAGGUGCAAUGUCAACACUGGCCUCUGUGACUGCUCUCCUGGAUACACUGGUGCCUCAUGUGGUGAAGUUAUAAGACAUUGCGAUGAAGACAAUGGAGGUUGUGACCAGAUCUGCACCGACUUUCCUGGUGGCUACAGGUGUGCAUGCAGAGCUGGUACAGUCUACUCACCUCAGAUGGAACUCCUGCAUGGAUAUUGAUGAGUGUGAGGGAGGGAGCCAUGACUGCAGUCAGAUCUGUGUCAACACUCCUGGAUCAUACCACUGCAACUGUCAGCGUGGCUUUCAGCUGGCGAAUAGCACACACUGUGGAGAUGUGAACGAAUGUGAACUCUUUCCUAGUGGGUUCUGCAGCCAAGUAUGUAUCAACACUGAUGGAUCUUUCCGCUGUGAAUGUAGAGAGGGAUACCGCCUGUUUGGAUCAUCUUUCUGCACAGAUAUUGAUGAGUGUAGUGAGGGGAUUGAUAAAUGCAAUAAGAGUGGACCCACACCGUCUCGCUGUAUCAACACUGAAGGGAGCUACAGUGUUACUUGUGAUGAACAUGUUGGUACGUUUAGCUACUGACAACAUAACUUGCAAAGAUGUGGAUGAAUGCCAAGAACAGCGUGGCUCUGCACCAAGGGCAUGAGAAUGUGGUCAACACGACUGGUUCACAGUUGCUCUUGUUUGGAGGAUGAUGAAUAUAAGGUGGAUCAGAUAUUUUGUGGUGAUGUAGAUGAAUGCAGGAUCAUGAAUGGAGGUUGUCAGCAAUCCUGUACUAAUACAUUUGGGAGCUUCAGAUGUAGUUGUGAGCAGGGAUAUAGGAUGUUGGAUGAUGGAUUCAAUAAUUGUGAAGCUCUCAGUUGUGAUCCAGUUCUUGAAGCUCCACUGAAUGGUUCUAUGGACUGUGACACACAGACAGUGGGUGGGACUUGCAAUUUCACCUGUGACGAGGGCUACACUCUGAGAGGCUCAGACAGUCGGACCUGUCUCCCCUCCCUCCAGUGGAGGGAACCUCCCGCCAUAUGUGACCCUCCAAUGUGCCCUCGCCUCACUCCUCCUGACAAUGGAUUUGUGUUGUUCCCAUGUACCAGAGAGGAGGGCCAUCUGUGUCGUGUUGUGUGUGCCCAUGGCUACAGCUUAGAGGGUCCUAGCAAUCAGACAUGUAGAAAGGAUAACUCGGGCAGUCUUGUGUGGAGUGAUGGACCACAGUGUGUGGAAAGUAGUAAAUGUUCUCCCAAUCCUUGCUUGAAUGGAGGAUUUUGUAUUGAGGAUGAAACUGACUUUACUUGUGUGUGCAAUGGAACAGCAACUGGUUAUGGUGGAGAGACUUGUAAAGCAGUCAUUGUGAAUUUCGAACCAAUCCCACCAGUUACAAAUGGACUAGAUUUCCAAAUAACUUUAUACACUGAUGUAAAAGGAUUCAGUGAAAGGGUAAGAGUGAACAUUGACAGGCCUAAAGCGAGACGUGUGCUACGUGUGAAUGGUGGAGAAAAAAGUCCUGCAACUGUAACAGGUGCAAUAGGGGUAGUUAGAGUUAGUUUACCGAGAAGUACUCCCAAAGUAAUGUAUGUGCCACGAGAGAGAAAUGUAUACAUAUCUGGUGGCUCAGAUAAUGAGACACAAUCGUAUUUUGAACGGUUUAAUCUCACAAGAGGACUGCUGCAGCCAAGUUGUUGCAGUGCAGAUGAUCAUGUCACAUUAUCCUGUCCUGGGGGCUCCACUCAGUCAAUAUCACUGCUGUCUCCAUGUCAGUGGAGUACUACCAAUGUGAAAGUGACAAGAGCAAAUGGUGCUGUGUUUGCUAAGAGCGGUAGUUUAUCUCUACCAACCUCAGUCUCUGGUCUAAGGUAUAGGGAGAUACGCAAUACACGCUACACAAAUGACCUUAGAGCAACUCCCAGUGAGUGUAAAGUUUGCAGCGAAUGCAACAACACAGAUCCUACGUGCUAUUGCUACAUUCACACACAACAAGACACGGCUGUGUUUCUCCAAACCAGGGCCUUGGCCUUCACUUACAUCUCCCAAAUCAAAUCUUUACUUCCACCUUGGUUGGAACUGCUUGUAGAUUUACAGAUGUCAUUAGAGUCGACUGGAGCGACUAAAAACGACCUGUUUGCUCCAAUAACUCGACCCAGUGAGCCAGUUUCCUCGUUUGAAGGUUGCGACAAACUCACUACCCUGGAAGGUAGUAGGUAUUCAGUGUUGAGACAUGACAAAACUCUGUCAGCAGUUAUCGACAGCCAGAGAUAUGACUACAGAGAGGACAAUGAGACUGGGACCACUGGAGAUGUCAUGUGUUUUGCAGUUGACUUGUGUCAUAAAUCAGAGUCUCCAGUUCACAUGCAGCUCUCCCAGCCAAUCAAUGACAUUCUAGUCUACCAGUAUCUCCGUGGGUUCACUGACAGACAGUGGAACAUUCUCCUCAAUACCGUGUCAGUCUUCAAACAGUCUGUUACUCAAAGUAGUGAUGGUAUGUUUUGGAAUGGAGUGGAAAUGAUAUCGUUUCCUGGUAUAGAGACUGACGUUUCAGUGAAUGGAUAUGUUUUAUCCAAAUUUCAUGAGAAUAAUAGCCUCGAUAUGGACAUUGAAUUUAAUGGAGAUGUUUCACUCAACUAUACAGAGCGAGAGGGACUGCUCAAUGGAAAGGUUACGUUGAAUGUAUCUAGUGUGAUUGCUGGAGGUGGACAAAACUUCAUAAUCAGCAGCCCUAGGAGCGCACAGGCCUAUGUUCAUGUUGGAAAUGCUGAUCCUUGCAAUAAUAAAGGAUAUGGACUGUCAUUCACAGCAAGUUACCGGCCACAACCUGGUGAGCUGUUCUUCACACGACUUUUCCGAUUCACUGAAAUCACUCAGAGCUGUAGCUUCAGUGCCUUCUUGCCAAUAACCAGUGACUACAGAGCUCUUGGUCUCAGUCUACACACUGAGUGUCCUCUUCUUGCUAUUGGACACCUCAUCUUGCCUGAAAUGUCCCACACUAUCACCUUCAUUGGAUCAGAGAAUCCUAACUGCUUCACCAGUAACUUCCUUGAAGUUCCAGACCCAGCUCUUGUGAUUGAAUCUGAUUUGCUCAACAAUCACUCGUCUCUUGGGAACAUCUUUAAACUGCAGGCCAACUCUACAGGUCCUGAUGUAGUGACUGUCUUUGGAAGAGAGGAUUCCGGACCAGUCUCUCAGUUUCAUUCAGUACAAGUGACUCUGUUUGCAGGAGUGUUUGAGUCAGAGGCCACCGUCAGGAAUGAUCAGCUGACAAUCUCCACCAGUAGUGGUAUUGUGUUUGGCUAUCCAGCUGAGCUGACCAUCACUGCACCUUCA